GAGAUGAACACGGCAACAAACAAACAAGUCAGCACACGCACGCAUAAGUCACUACGAAAGCAAUGGAGGCACACCAGCACUUGCACUUGCCGACGAUGAAGACGAAGCCUCCCCACCCCCAGACCCACCACCAGACCCCUCCACCCCAUCAAAAGCCGUCCUCCCAUCCCCAGCAACCAUCGCCUUGGAGCACUCGUCUAUCUGCCGCUGUGUCAUGUGGCCGCACGCCAGCUCUCGAGUGUACAUCCGGGCCAUCGACCGGAAGCCACGCAGGUCGCCGCUGCGAAUCAGGUUGCCUGCACCACACCACACCACACCACACCACACACAUACUCCUUCACACACGGGAACAGCUGAGUGGAGUGCUGGUCAGUCAGUCUACCUGCGUCACAGUUGAGAGGGCUCUCCGCGUUUGGCGCGUAUAGGAGGGCGAUAACAGCUCGACAGACGUAGAGGAGCGUCCACGCCGGGCUCCAGUCUGUCUUCAAGAUGUCCAGACAUACCUCACCUGGCAGCACACACCGGACCGCACCAGAUGAGCAGGCACCUCACAAUCAGCCAUGAGCCAAUCAAUCAAUCUGAAUGUGUGUGUGUGUGUACCUGUGAGGAAGUUGACAUUGGGGUGGAACACUUGCGUCUUGAAGGUGACUUUCGGGGGGUGGAUGGGGUAGGAAGGGGGACACACAAGCUUCACCGUGAAGCGGCCGUGCUGCAUCGCAUCCCAGUCCAGUGCAGAAGCACACACACACACCGUUCACGCACCACACAAGCUGUGAAAGGACGAGCGCCUUCUGCGGACCUCAUAGGGCGAUUCCUUUGGUCCGCUGAGCACCGCCUCCCAGCUGUACAGAUUGUCCAUGCUGCAGCAGCGGCACAGAUCCAUCCAGGCAGACUGGGAGUCAGAAUGCGUCGUCAUCUCGAGGUCUUUACUUUGCGUUGAGUUCGAUGUCGCUUUCGGGAUUCUUCUGCACCUCACGCAGCUCCGUGAGCAGACGACUACGCGGAUUCGCCAUCGCUUUGCUUGAUCCAGAUGCGAGCUUUGCCUGACCGCGUUCUUGGAGGUGGUGGAGGAAAUGCACAGCCCUGCAGGCCCACAAGCA